AUGGAUCGAGAUGCUGACUACGGAAAACAAUAUACUCGAGAAAUAGAAAAUUUAAUUCGAUCUAAGUACGCAAAAAAGAUAGACGAUUCAUAUAAACCAAGUGAUUGCACUUGGUAUUUACCUCACUUCGGCGUUCAGAAUCCAAAUAAGCCUGGAAAAUUUCGACUCGUAUUUGACGCUGCAGCAAAAGUGGAUGGAAUCUCAUUAAACGAUCAACUAAUGACUGGGCCGGACUUAGUGACUCCGCUGUUAAGCGUAUUAAUGAGAUUCCGAAUUGAAAAAAUUGCAUUCAAAGGAGACAUUAAAGAAAUGUUUUUGCAGGUGAAGAUCCGCAACGAAGACCAGAACGCUCAGCGAUUUUUGUGGCGAGGGUGGAAUAGAAAAGAAGAACCAUCCACGUAUGUGAUGACGUCCAUGAUAUUCGGAGCAGCGUCAUCGCCUCACAUGGCUCAGUAUAUAAAAAAUAAAAAUGCAAAAGAGCUGGAAGGAAAAUAUCCGGAAGCGGUAAAGGCCAUUAUAAAAAACCAUUAUGUGGAUGAUUAUCUGGAUUGUGUCGAAGAUGAAGAAAAGGCCAUUGAAAGGAUAAAUCAAGUAACCACAAUACAUAAAAAUGGAGGAUUCGAGAUAAGAAACUGGGCAUGCAACAGCGACAAGGUAUUGGCUACAAUGGGAACUACGGCUCCAACGAAAGGAUCGAUCAACCUGGUAAUGCUUGAUGAGAACACACAUAAAACUCUUGGCCUGAUAUGGGACCCACGAGAAGAUAUGAUAACCUUUGAUCUAAGCUUUAAAAGAAUAGCAGGGAAUAUAUUGGAUGGAUCGGAAAUACCAACGAAGCGUCAAAUGUUACAGACUAUUAUGUCUGUCUACGAUCCGUUGGGAAUGUUGAGCCCAUACCACGUUAAAGCUAAAAUUCUACUCCAAAACGUAUGGAGAAGUGGGAUCGAUUGGGACGAAAGAUUAAAAAUACCAGAAUUCGAAAAAUGGAAACUAUGGAUAAACGAUAUAGAAGGAGUCAAAAAGGCGAAAAUACCAAGGUGUUAUAGAAUGAGGCGUGAGAAACCCGAGAGAUUAGAGCUACAUACAUUUAGUGAUGCUAGCGAACAAGCUUACUCGGCUGUCGUAUAUUGGAGAAUGGUCUAUCCGGAUGGGAACGUAGAAGUAUCAUACGUAGUAGGUAAAAGCCGAGUAUCGCCCCUAAAACCAAUAUCCAUACCGAGAAUGGAACUACAAGGUGCUCUGAUAGGCAGUAGAUUGGCUGACUUCGUAACUCGAGAACUUGAGAUGAAAAUCGAUGAACGUUAUUUUUGGACAGACUCUAGGAAUGUACUAUCUUGGAUAAAUGCAGAUCCUCACAAAUAUCAAGCAUUCGUUGCCCACCGUCUCGGUGAAAUUAGUGAAAUAACGAGCCCACAUGAGUGGAGGUGGGUAAGCACGAGAGACAAUCCGGCGGAUGUAGCCACUAGAGAUCGUGGAAAAAUAGAAGUACAAUUGUCGAAAUGGUUACAAGGAGCUGAAUUCCUAAAAAAAACGAGUGACAAUUGGCCACCAUUUACUACAACAAAGGAGAUAAGCGUCGAAAGGAAGAUUACUUGUCUAAACGUAACGAGAACACAAAAAGAAUUCGAAUUACCAGAUAUAAAUCGGUUUUCGAAAUGGUUACGAUUAAUUCGAUGUACCGCAUGGGUAUAUGUGGGGAAGAAGAUAUGGAUUGAAAGAACGAAAAUGAAGCCAACUGCAGAAAAUAUAGAACAAGCAGAAAAUCAAUGGAUUCAGAAAACUCAGUACGAUUCCUUCGAAAAGGAACUCGAAGCCAUUAAAGCCGGUCGUCCGAUCCAGAAAGACAGUCGAUUAUGCAAGCUGCCACUGAUUAUUGAUAAGGAUAUACUAAAAAUUGAUAGCAGAAUAGGAUUAGCAAACAACAUCAACCAAAAUAUGAAAAAUCCUGUUAUUAUAGAUGGAAAACAUAGAUUCGCCAAGUUGUUAAUCCUACAUUGGCACGAGAAACUGCAUCAUGGAUUUACGGAGGCCGUUAUCAACGAACUGCGUCAACGGUACUGGAUCCUGAAUAUCAGGCCUACUGUAAAAAAGUAA